AUGCCGCCCAAAAAGCCAGAUCUUUCUGGUUACCAGUACUCGGCGCUUUCAUCCCUCGUCAUCCAUGCCGACCGAUCCCAUCGUCGCCCAGAUGAAUCAAACCGAGAGGCUGAGUCGCUGACAGGUCGCAUCAAUGUCCGCGAUAUGGGAACAGCAGUCAAGUCGCAAGGCGUCAAGGAUCUCGAAAAGAAGCGCAAGAAGGCGCAAGCAGAUGACCAACUCCAUCAACACCAACCAAAGCGACAAGCUGCAUCCACAUUCGCCACUGCUUCCUUCUCUGACCAGAGCAACUACACCGACAUUCUCCAAGCUACUGCCGAGCUCGAAGGCCUUCGCUACCAUCCAAGGUCACCCGAGACAAGAGACAUCUACGAGCUUAUACUCAGCAUCGUUCACACAGCACUCGGCGAUCAGGCACAGGAUGUGAUUCGCUCAGCUGCCGAUACAACACUCGAGAUCCUCAAAGAUGACGAUCUCAAGCACUUGGACAAGAAGAGCGAGAUCGAACAGAUCUUGGGUCAGCUCAGCACAGAGACUUUCGGUCAACUCACCAACCUCAGCAAGAAGAUCACCGACUACGAUGAGCCAGAGCAGAAGGAUGACAAUCUUGAUGUUGAUGCCAAGAUGCGCGAGAUCGAUCAGGAGACUGGUGUAGCCCUUCUCUUCGACCAAGACCAAGAGGAGAGUGACCAGGAUGGUGUAGGCUAUGUUGUUCGUGAUGGCAGCGACGACUCUGAUGCCUCAGACGAUCAAGAUGCGCCACCGAACCAGAAAGCCGAAGGCGAUGAUCGCUCGGAUGCUGAAGCAUCUGGCGACGAGCAUGACGACCUUCUCAUCGGCUCAAGCGCAUCAGCAGCUGCCAACGGCGACGCCAAGCAACCCGAUCCCAACCACCUCAGCCCACGCGACAUCGACGCUUUUUGGAUCCAACGUCAGGUGUCCCAACAUUAUCCGGAUGCCCACCAGGCCAACGAAAAGGCAGACAGCGCUUUCGAUAUCCUCUCUGCCCAAUCCGACCUCCGUGAUUGCGAGAACAGUCUCAUGGAACUGUUCGACUACGACAAGUUCGAGCUGGUCCAGAUCCUCACAAAGAACAGAGAUGCUGUUGUCUGGUGUACGCGUUUAGCUCGAGCCGAUGACGACGAGAAGGUCAAUGUUCAAGUUGCCAUGCGCGAGAAGGGUCUCGCUUGGAUUCUUAAGGCUUUGCACGGCGAUGCUGCCAAAAGCACCACAUCAGCCAAUGGCAAACCAGCAAACGGUCUCACACCUAUCGAUCUUGAGGACGCACAGCGCAGAACGAAACGUCUCACAUCACGUGCUACCAUCGCGCCUGGUUCAACUGCUCAGCCCAGACAAGGCGUCGAUCUCGAAGCAAUGGCAUUCACACAAGGUGGUCAUCUCAACACAAACGCAAAGGUCCGACUACCGGAAGGAAGCUUCAAGCGAACCAAGAAAGGUUACGAGGAGAUUCACAUUCCUGCUCCUGCCAAGAGGACUGUUGGCGAGAGUGAGCUUGUGCCGAUCGCAGGUCUUCCUGCUUGGGCACAGGGUGCAUUCCCUGGUGCUACAUCGCUCAACCCGGUGCAGUCUCGUUGUUACCCUGUCGCAUUCGGAUCCGAUGAGCCCAUGUUGCUCUGUGCACCCACCGGUGCUGGUAAGACCAACGUAGCAAUGCUCACCAUCCUCAACGAGAUCAGCAAGUGGCGAGAUCAAGAGACGGGAGAACUUGACCUCAAUGCCUUCAAGAUCGUCUACGUGGCUCCCAUGAAGGCGCUCGUCUCCGAACAAGCGGCCAACUUCCGCGACCGCCUUCAGUCGUACAACAUCACUGUCAACGAGCUUACAGGUGACAGUCAGCUGACUAAGGCGCAGAUCGCAGAGACACAGAUCAUCGUCACCACACCCGAGAAAUGGGAUGUCAUCAGCCGCAAGAGCACCGACGCUUCUUACACCAACCUGGUCCGCCUUCUCAUCGUCGACGAGAUCCACUUGUUACAUGACGACCGUGGUCCCGUGCUGGAAGCGAUCAUCUCGCGCACCAUUCGACGUAUGGAGCAGAUGAGCGAUCCGGUGCGUCUUGUCGGUCUUUCAGCCACACUUCCUAACUACCAGGAUGUGGCGACUUUCCUUCGAGUCAACCCCAAGACGGGUCUUUUCUACUUUGAAGCCAACUACCGUCCCUGUCCACUCAAGCAGCAGUAUGUUGGCAUCACAGAGAAGAAGGCCAUCAAGCGUCUGUUGGUCAUGAACGAGGUCACCUACGAAAAGACGCUCGAUCAGGCGGGCAAGAAUCAGGUGCUCAUCUUUGUCCACUCGCGCAAAGAGGCUGCCAAAACCGCCAAGUUCAUCCGCGACAAGGCUAUGGAGCAAGAGACACUUAACCGGUUCCUUCCGCCUUCGCCUGCUAGUCAAGAGGUCUUGCGAUCUGAGCUGGAGAAUGUGACUGAAGGCGAUCUCAAGGAUGUCAUGCCUUAUGGAUUUGGUAUUCACCACGCCGGAAUGUCUCGACUCGAUCGAGAGCUCGUUGAAGCGCUCUUUGCGGAUGGACACUUACAAGUUCUUGUCUCAACAGCAACCUUGGCUUGGGGUGUCAAUCUACCGGCGCACACCGUCAUCAUUAAAGGUACUCAGAUCUACAACCCGGAAAAGGGACGUUGGUGCGAGAUCACCCCGCAAGACAUGCUUCAGAUGCUCGGACGAGCCGGUCGACCGCAAUACGACACUUUUGGUGAAGGUAUCAUCAUCACCAACCACAGCGAACUGCAGUAUUAUCUCAGCUUGCUCAACCAGCAAUUGCCGAUUGAGUCACAGUUGGUUUCGAAGCUCGCAGAUAAUCUGAAUGCCGAGAUCGUGUUGGGUACGAUUAGGAACCGUGACGAAGCGGUGGCUUGGUUAGGAUAUACGUAUCUGUAUGUGAGGAUGUUGAGGUCGCCAACGCUCUACAGUGUUACGGCCGAUUAUGCGGAGGAUGAUCCUUUCUUGGAGCAGAAACGGGCGGAUGUUGUUCACACUGCCGCUGCACUGUUGGAGAAGUGUGGAUUGUUGCGGUACGAGAGGAAGACGGGCAAUUUUACGUCGAACGAGCUGGGUAGGAUCGCAUCGCAUUACUAUAUUACGCAUGAUAGUAUGGCGACGUAUCAUCAGCAGAUCAAGCCUCAGUUGGGGCUCAUCGAGCUCUUCCGCAUCUUUGCCCUCUCCAACGAAUUCCGACAUCAAGUCGUGAGGCAGGAUGAGAAGCUGGAAGUCGCUAAGCUGCUCGAACGCGUUCCUGUGCCUGUCAAGGAGUCUGCGGAUGACCCCAUCGCCAAAGUCAACGUCUUGCUUCAAUCCUGGAUCUCACAACUCCGACUCGACGGAUACGUGCUUGCAGCGGACAUGGUCUACGUUACUCAAUCUGCCGGUCGUAUUCUGAGGGCCAUCUUUGAGAUUUGCCUCAAGCGCGGAUACGCACGUCUAAGCAGAAUGGCAUUGGAUCUUUGCAAAAUGGUCGAAUCGCGUCAAUGGGGUUCCAUGACUCCACUGCGACAGUUCCGAGGUGUCCCCGCCGAUCUUAUCCGCCGACUGGAAAGGAAGGAGUAUCCGUGGAACAGGUUGCACGAUUUAGAGCCAAACGAGAUCGGAGAGCUGAUCGGCAUCCCCAAAGCUGGCAGACUCGUCCAUCGCUUGGUUCACCAAUUCCCGAAGUUGGAGCUGCAGGCGUUUUUCCAGCCUCUCACGCGAUCGUUGUUGCAUGUCACGCUGACGAUCACGCCCGAUUUCCAGUGGGAUGAGAAGGUGCAUGGUGGAGCCCAAAGCUUUUGGAUUUUGGUAGAGGAUGUGGAUGCGGAGAUCCUGCAUUACCACGAUCAAUUCUUGCUGUUGAGGAAGUACGCAGAGGAGGAACACACGGUGACGUUUACGAUUCCGAUGACGGAACCUGUUCCACCGAAUUACUACAUCAGCGUGGUUAGUGAUCGGUGGUUGCACAGCGAGGUGAGGUUGCCGAUUUCGUUUAAGAACUUGAUCUUGCCGGAAAAGUUCCCUCCUCCUACGCCGUUGCUCGAGUUGCAGCCACAGCCAGUUUCCGCGCUCAACGAUGCAGAGGCCGAGGAGAUCUACGGGAAACAGUUCGAGCGUUUCAACAAGAUCCAAACCCAAACCUUCCACGCGCUGUAUGGGAGUGACGAUAGCGUCUUCAUCGGUGCUCCCACAGGCAAUGGCAAGACGAUUUGUGCUGAGCUUGCGCUUUUGCGGCUUUGGAAAGAUGAGGAUGCGGGGAGAGCGGUUUGCCUUGUUCCGUACGAAUCGAUGAUCGCACCUCGAGUCGCAGAGUGGACUUCCAAGUUCGGCAACUAUAAAGAUGGAAAGUCGAUUACAGGACUCACCGGCGAGACUUCUGCAGAUCUGCGGUUGUUAGAGAUGUCGGACCUAGUCAUUGCCAUUCCAACCCACUGGGAUGUCCUCUCCCGUCGUUGGAGACAACGCAAAAACGUUCAAUCCGUCUCCCUCUACAUCUUGGACGAGAUCCACAUGAUCGGUGACGUUCGCAUCGGACCAACCUACGAAAUUGUCGCUUCCCGAGCCCGAUUUAUCGCCGCACAAACACAAAACCCAACCCGCAUGAUCGCACUCAGUGUUCCUCUUGCAAAUGCGAGAGAUGUGGGCGAUUGGUUAGGAGCAAGUGGUGGAAACGUAUUCAAUUUCGCUCCGAGCGCAAGGGAGGUUCCGAUGGAAGUCCAUUUGCAAGGAUUCAAUGUUCCCCAUUUCCCGAGUUUGAUGUUGGCUAUGGCGAAACCGGCGUAUUUGGCGAUGGUGGAGUAUGCGGAUGACCAAUCGGUGAUUGCGUUUGUUCCGAGUCGAAAGCAGGCGAAACUUACGGCGAAUGAUAUUUUGGCGUAUGUGAUUGCGGAUAGUGAUAGGGAUGGGGAGGGGAGUGGAGAUGAAGGUGAGAGUAGGUUUUUGAAUAUUGAGAUGGAGGAUUUGGAGCCGCAUUUACAGAGGGUACAAGAUCGGGAAUUGCGGGAACUGCUCGCGAUGGGAAUAGCGUAUUACCACGAAGGACUCACCAAAAACGAUCGUCGGAUUGUCGAGCGGCUCUUCAAUGCAGAUGCGAUCCGAGUAAUCAUCGCUUCCAAAGAAGUAGCCUGGUGCAUGCCACUCAAAGCUCAUCUAGUCCUGAUCAUGUCCCUCCAAACCUACUCAGGCCAAGAACAUCGAUACAUCGACUACCCACUCCCCUUAGUCCUGCAAAUGGUCGGACACUGCACCGUCCCUCACCCAGACUUUGGCUCCUCUCGCUGCAUCCUUCUUUGCCAAAACACCCGGAAAGACUAUUUCAAAAAAUUCCUUUCCGAAUCGCUCCCCAUCGAAUCCCAACUACCGCUUUCCAUCCACGAUUUCUUCAACUCGGAAAUCGUCUCUCGUACAAUCGACGACAAGCAAGCAGCAGUAGACAUCUUAACUUGGACUCUAAUGUAUCGUCGACUCCCGCAGAAUCCCCAGGCGUACAAUUGUCAGGGGAAGAGUAUGACGCAUAUUGGAGACUAUCUAAGCGAAUUGGUGGAAAAUACUUUGGCGGAGUUGGAAGGAGCGAAAUGUAUUGCGGUGGAGGAUGAGAUGGAUGUAAGUCCAUUGAAUUUAGGUAUGGUGGGGAGUUUUUACAAUGUUAGUUAUGUUAGUGUAGAUGUGUUUAAUAUGUCGUUGAGUGGGAAGACAAAGUUGAGGGGGGUGCUGGAGAUUGUAGCUAGUGCGGCCGAGUUUGAGGAUUUGGAGAUUAGACAGCAUGAGGAUGUGCUCUUACGGCGGAUUUACGAUCGGCUCCCGCUGAAACUGGACAAGUUGAACCUGCUCUCCCCCUACCACAAAGUGUUUAUCUUGCUUCAAGCGCACUUUGCGAGGUUGUCACUACCGGUCGAUUUGGAAUCGGAUCAGAGGAUCAUCCUGUCAAAGGUUCUGACAUUGCUUUCGGCAUGCGUUGAUGUCAUGUCUAGCAACGCCUACCUUAAUGCGAUUGUAGCAAUGGAGUUAUCGCAGAUGGUAGUUCAAGCGGUUUGGGAUAAAGAUUCUGUUCUUCGUCAAGUACCCUAUUUUACCCCGACCAUUAUCGAUCGAUGCCGAGCUAGAGGGGUAGAAGACGUUUUCUCCCUAUCCGACCUCGUAGCCGACUUGUCCGAGGCGGAACGAGACGAGUUAUUGCAACUAGACAAGAAACAAUUAGCGCAGGUAGCGCAAUUCGUCAACUCGUUCCCAUACAUCGAACUCUCACAUACCAUCCUUACCCCUCCGGAAGAAAUCAAUGCUUCGGACCCUAUCACUGUUAGGGUUCACCUCGAAAAGGACGAAGACGACGAAGAAGGAGACGAAAGUCUGGUAGUCCAGUCGGCAUUGUAUCCCCAAAAGAAGCUGGUGCAGUGGUGGGUGGUGAUAGGCGAUCCUGCAACGCGAAAUUUGCUGGCGAUCAAGAAGGUUACAGUGAGGAAAACGUUGGAUUUGGAAUUGCAAGUGACGCUGCCAAAGGGUAGAUGGGAUAGGUUGAAGAUAUGGUUAGUUUGUGAUAGUUAUGCUGGUGCGGAUCGGGAGGUGACGAUGGAAGCUAUUGAUGUACAAGAGGGGAGAGAGAGCGAUUAUGAAGAAGAGGAUGAGGAAGAGAGUGAAGAGGUGAGUGCGGAUGGGGAGGAGUAA